AUGACAUCUCUGAUUAUUCCUGGCCCAAGGUCACCAGGAAAUGAGAUUGAUGUAUACUUGCAGCCGUUGAUCGAUGAACUGCUUGAAUUGUCGGAAGAUGGGGUACCUACAUAUGAUGCCUCAACUAAGGAGACGUUUAUGUUGCAUGCUGCCUUAUUGUGGACGAUCAAUGAUUUUCCUGCCUAUGGGAAUCUGUCUGGCUGGUCAACAAAGGGAAAAUUGGCUUGUCCGUCUUGCAAUGCAGACACAGACUCUAAUUGGUUGAAAUAUGGCCGAAAACAUUGUUACAUGGGACAUCGACGUUUCUUACCCCCAGAUCACAUAUGGAGAAGGAGGAAAGGGUUGUUCAACGGUAGAGAAGAUCAUCGCAUGCCACCAAGGGAUGUAGGAGCUGAAGAGAUUCAAAAUCAAUUGCAGAUGAUUGGGGAUGUUCAGUUUGGCAAAUCUCAUACGAAGAAAAAACGCACUGCUGAAGAGUUGAACUGGACAAAGUGUAGCAUAUUCUUCGUGUUACCUUAUUGGUCAACAGUUCGACUUCGGCAUAAUUUAGAUAUUAUGCAUAUUGAGAAGAAUAUUGCCGACAACAUCUUAUUUACUUUAGUGAACAAUCCAGGGAAAAGUAAGGAUAACAUCAAUUCAAGGCGUGACUUAGAGCUUUUGGGCUAUAGAAAAGAAUUACACUUGAGGCGUGAUGGUGAUCGUGUAACAAUACCACAUGCACAGUACACAUUAAACGUCGAGCAAAGGAAUAAAUUUUGUGAGUGGUUGUCUGAUAUCAAAUUUUCAGAUGGGUUCGCUUCCAAUAUCUCAAACUGUGUCUCUCAACGUGAGUGCAAAAUCUCAAGGUUGAAAAGCCAUGACUGUCACGUUUUCCUUCAAAGGCUACUCCCCAUUGCUGCUGGGGGGUAUUUAAGAAGUGAUAUUGGCUUGGCUUUGACUGAACUUGGUACUUUCUUCAAAGAGUUGUGCGCUCGAACACUUGAUGUCAACCGCCUGGCCCAACUCCAAACUGAUGUUGUCACCAUUCUAUGCAAACUGGAGAUGAUAUUUUCUCCUUCCUUUUUCGAUGUUACGGUCCACCUAGCUGUCCAUUUACCCCAUGAGGCCAGACUUGGGGGUCCUGUACAAUAUAGGUGGAUGUACCCAUUUGAGAGGUAUCUCAGCAAAUUCAAGCGGUAUGUUAAGAAUAAAGCCCGCCCAGAAGGUUCAAUAGCCGAGGCCUACAUUCACACCGAAUGCUUGACAUUUUGCUCCAUGUACCUCAAAGACAUUGAGACGAGGUUUAGUCGACCGGACCGCAACAUUGAUGCUGACGAAGAGGAAACGUUAGAUGGGUUCAAAAUUUUCAACCAGAAAGUCCGUCCCUUGGGCAUGCCUUCUAACGUGCAAUUAGAAGAUAAACUAUUUAGGGCAGCCAUCUGGUACGUGCUCAAUAAUUGUGCGGAGAUUGGACCUUAUAUAGAGGAACACUACGAGAAAUGUAAGGUGCAACACCCAGAUUGCAUCGAUCGCACGCACCAAACUGAGUUUCCAACUUGGUUUAAGCAACGUAUCCAGGAACAUCGUACCUUGCAUGCACUUGAUGUGUCCGCUGAUCUGUAUGCGUUAGCUUGCGGGCCUGACCGUUGGGUUGCAACAUAUUCUGCUUGCAUAAUAAAUGGAAAAAGGUUUCAUACGAAACAACGUGAACUUCGCCGGCGUACACAAAAUUUUGGAGUCGUGGUAACUGGUGAUGAGGCCACAAAUAACUUGGACUUCUAUGGAGUUAUUAAUAAUAUUGUAGAGUUACGCUACAUGGAAUGGCAUCAGGAAUUGGUACAAGGAUGA